AUGACUAAAGAACCAAGAGCAUAUGAUUUUUUCCCAAUCGCUAGAAGCAGAAGUGAAACGAAGUUAAUAAGAAAAGGGAUUGAAUUUAGUCCAAUAAAUAAUUCCUCAUCAAAAUAUUUCAAUAAUUCA